AUGAUGGGCAAACCAGCUACUGUGAUAUUAGUCGUUACGUCCAUCGCUGUAUUAGGCGUAUUCCAUCGUGCACCAUUAGUUAGUGCACUCGAUGAGCAUCGCAUUGUGCGGGAGCAGGAUAGCAGCAAUGCACACGGUGCACCGGAAAUCGAUACCGUCGAGGAGGCGAUCACGCUGCCGAAAGGUGCUAGCUGGAACUUCACCUGUAAAUCCCAUCAGCCGAUCAUGUGGAAGCAUUAUGCUGCAUCGUACUAUUGGGAACCGAAGUACGAAACACCCCUUGACUUCGAGACAGACGAUCCCGACAAACCGCACGGCAGUCUGCUAAUGCUAACAGACGCAUCCGCCGAACUGGUCGGCCGGUACUAUUGUGUCCAUGUGGAGUCGUACGACGAAGAGCUGGAGGACAGGCUGGACGACCUGGUAGCCGAAUAUGCUGCCUCCACGGUUUACGUCUACGUAAACGAUCCCGACCAACCGCUAGUGCCUGUGCAUACGCCCGUGUUUAGAGUGAACCAGUACGAAGACUUUGUCAUACCGUGCAAACCAACGCACCCAGAUAUUGAGGUGGAGCUCUUCAAAGACUUGGAAGGGGAUUUGGUUGAAGAUUAUCAGUACAGUAAUACCCAAGGAUAUCUGCUAAGCUUUAACAGGCUGGAGGACGGUGGUUCCUACUACUGCCAGGUGAAAGAUAAUCCCCAACAUCGCACACACUUCGGGAUAUCGAUCAACGAACACUAUCCAUUUGAAAACGACACCAGCAAUGGUACAUUCCGCGGGGAUGAGCUUGAAGAUCCAAUACUUCGCUUCGGCAACAACAUGACGGAAGGCAAUAGCACAUCGUUUGACAAUUUUACCUACCUUUACGAUUAUCUCGAUGAGGACACUAGCAACGAAACGGUUGCCGGGACUUCUGUUGGCUACGUAAAUGCUACCGAAGAUCGUCCGACUACACCUCGUACCUAUGCUCAUGUCUAUCCUCAUGGCGAAAACUCUUCACACGUACCAUUGACUUCUGCUAUUCCACCUAUAGCUGAGUACUUAACGAAACCAACGAUACGUAGUGAUACUAAAGAUCACAUACCGCUCGGUCAGCGCAUCCGCCUUGUUUGUCAUGUAAACAUCCGCGCCGGCGUUAAUCUCGAAAUGACGUGGCUGGUACCGCCAAACUUGCAACCCGCCAAAAAGGAUGGUAGAACAAAAAUUGGACCGCUAAAGGUGGAACCGGUUACAAAUGCGGAACACCGGGAAAUCGCUUCCCGGGAGCUUAUCAUCGAAAGGGCCGCACAAAGCGACGACGGCACGUAUCGGUGCGUAGUGCAGGACCUGAACAAUCAUCAAAACUAUCACAGCUUUAAGCUGCACGUGCGCGACUCCGCAGAGGACUAUGUGAUGUUGCGCGAGGAAAACAAUCUGUCGGAAAUUAACGUGCGACCGAACGCGAACGGCAAGGCAGACCCGAUCAACAUUAUUAUCGAGUAUCGAUCACAUCCGUCCAACAUAACGUACUACUGGGUGAAGGAUGAUCACGAGAUAAUGCCCGGACACCAUGGGAAGUAUGAGCUGACGCAUACCGAAACACACGUGAAGUUGCGUAUAACCGAUCCGGAUGUGUAUGAUACGGGUAACUAUACGGUGUUCGUAAUGGCGGGAAAUGCUGAAAAAUCGCAGCUAAUGGCAGUGCUUGUUUAUGCCAAACCGAUCCUGCAUAUGGAGAGCAAGUUUGUGAAACCGAAUGAAGAGGUAUCGUUCCAGUGCAGAAGCAUCGGAUUUCCAAGGCCAGAAAUUUCCUUCGCUUUUCUUCCCUGUCUGGCCGAACCCUGGACGAAUUGUUCCAUACCAUCGUCGAAGGAUACCCGUUGGGACUCCUCGAGCCCGGAUAUCGGUUCGGAGUUUUCGUCAAGAUUGGCUCCCAGUGGAAAACCCGAAACACAGAUAACCAAGUCACGGAUCUACACGACAGUCUCGAAACAGCCUGGCGUGGUGUACUGUAAAGCGAUCAAUACGGAAGGCAGCGAAGUCACGCAGGCAGAUCUAUUAGUGAGCAAUCUGCCCGAUUCGAUAACGUUGGAAAAAGAGCAACCGAAGGACGCAAUCACCGUGGGUGAUCACGUCACGAUCGCCUGUUCGGCGCUCGUCUACAAUCACACCAAAGACAUAACGUUAGUGCUGAAUGAUCGAGAGCUGCAGGAGUCGGACGGUGUGCGCUUGGAAUACUCACCAGCUCUGUACGCGUGGCAGGCCCGUCUGGACAUUGACCAUGUGACGAACGAUCACGAGGGUACCUUAUAUUGUCGUGUGAGAACCCUAGCCAAUGUCGUCGAAACUCGAGCCUUCCACAUGGAAGUAUUGGAUCCCAUCGCACCGAUGCUUGUGAGUGGAAAGAUCAAUCAGAGUCUCUCGGUCGAAUUGCACGAUCCGUUGAAGUUGGAGUGUGAUGUAGUUGGUACCCCGGAUCCGAAGAUCGUCUGGUUGAAAGAUGGCGAACCGGUGCAGACAGAUGAAAACAGCAACCGGGUGCAAUUAACCAAAACGACACUUAUAUUUGAAUAUCUCAAAAUGGAAGACUUGGGAACGUUUGAGUGUCGGGCGGAAAAUAAAAUGGGCACGAUUGAAAAGUACUGGAAGCUGGAUGUACGAACUGCGGUGGUGAGAAAAUCCUUGAUCUACAUUAUCGUGUGCCUGUUCCUGCUGUUGAUCGUCGCGAUCGUAAUGGUUUCUUUGUUCUACUGCAAGAAAAAGAAGGAAGUGAAAGCAAUGAAAGAGGCCGGUAUUGUAAACUUUGAGGAAGGCAACCUGGGUAUCUACAAUCCCGAACUGGCACUUGAUGAGCAGGCCGAUCUCCUACCGUACAACACGGAGUAUGAGUUCCCGAAGGAGCGGCUCAAGCUGGGCAAACAGCUCGGCACUGGUGCGUUCGGUGUGGUGAUGAAAGCCACCGCUACUCGCAUCAUGGUGAACGAAGAUGAAACUACCGUUGCGGUCAAGAUGGUCAAGAAACAAACCGACAACGAGGUAAUGCGGGCACUCAUUUCCGAACUCAAAAUUAUGGUCCAUCUGGGACAGCAUCUGAAUGUGGUGAAUUUGCUAGGAGCGGUAACCAAGAACAUCGCCAAGCGUGAAUUAAUGGUGAUCGUUGAGUACUGUAGAUUUGGAAAUGUGCAAAACUUCCUGCUAAAGCACCGUCCCUAUUUCAUCGAUCAAAUCAAUCAAGAAACGGGUGAGAUCGAUUCGUCAAUCGAUAAGAAUCAGCUACGGUGGUCGAAGUGUGGUUACCAGUACAAUAGUCAGGGCUUGAAAUAUGUAAAUCUUUCAUUUUCCACCAACAACGUCAAUCAUCAUCCCCUUCAACAUCCGACUGCUUUCUACCAUAAUCACAUCGACAGUGGAUCAACGCAGUACGUUGACCCGAAGAAGCAUCUUAACUCGAAGGGCUACGUACGGCAUUCCGGUCUGCAGAAUAUGGGUAUGGUGGAUAGCUGCAACACCGAAGUCACAGCCAUGACAUCAGUCGAAGUGGAAGAUCUGAACACGGUCAACUCUAAUGAACCGCUGUGGCGUUCGAACUACGGCAUGGAUUACAAAGGUCCGGCACGGUCCGUCAACACCACCGAUCUGGUUUGCUGGGCAUCCCAAAUUGCCAGCGGAAUGGAGUAUCUGGCAUCGCGGAAGGUACUGCACGGUGAUCUGGCCGCGCGUAACAUACUGCUGUGCGACGACAAUGUGGUGAAGAUUUGUGACUUUGGAUUGGCCCGCUCGAUGUACAAGAGUGACAACUACAAGAAGAAGGGCGAAGCGCCGCUUCCAUUCAAAUGGCUCGCCCUGGAAUGCAUUAGCGACAAUGUGUUUAGCACCUAUUCGGAUGUGUGGGCGUAUGGUAUAGUUCUUUGGGAGCUGUUUUCCCUUGGCAAAGUGCCUUACCCGGGCAUGGAAGCUAAUCAGGAGCUGUAUAACAAGCUACGCGAUGGCUAUCGGAUGGAUAAGCCACAAUACUCGAACCAAGAUAUUUAUGACAUUAUGCUAAACUGCUGGAACGUAAAGCCCGACUCGAGACCUUCGUUCAAGGAUCUGAAAAGCAGAUUUAACGCAAUGCUUCCGGACGAAAUGCGAGAUCAUUAUCUGGAACUUAACGAGCCAUAUCUCCAAAUGAAUGCCGAAAAGCAAGAACGAGGCGAUACAGAUUAUUUAGCUAAUCUCGGCCCACCAGAAGAACUUGCUCCGGCUGCGCCAAAUUACGUGAAUGGAAUCAUUCUACCUCUUCCACCCAUUUCAGAAAUCCGAAAUGAUAAAGACUACCUGAAGAUGUCGCGCGCAAAGUCCGAAUCGCAGGAGAGCAAUUUCGACUUUGCCUCCUUCAACAGCGAUCGCCAUUCGCCAACCACUCGCAACAAUCUCGAUACUAGUCCACCCAAUGGCAGCAAACGGCACAAGAAGCUUGGUCUGCCGGAGGAAAUUCCCAUGCUCGACGGGAGUCGACUUUCGUCCAACACGAAUGGGUUCAAUUCCGAUUCCGAAACGGAACCGGUCAGUCCGAAGCCGCGAGAGCGCACAAGCAAGCACAACCAAGAACCGCAGUACAUUAAUGUGAAGAACCCCAAGUUUGCGGGCCGUUCGACGAACGACGAGAUGGGACCGGGUAUCACACAGGAAGCGAUUAGCAAUCCGGGCUACAUUGCGCUCAGUAUGGUCGACGAAAAACGCUGCUAG